AUGUACUCUUCAGAUGUCAAAGUCGGCGUUUUGAGGCACUUCUCGAUUCCCAUUUGCUGUUCACUCUCACCAGUCGUUGUCAAGAACAGGGAGUGGUUACACGGCUCGUUGUGGGUCUAUGUAUCUCGGCAGAAGUCAAUCAGCGAUCCACCACCCGACCACGCAAAAAUUUCUGUUCUUUAGCUCCGUCAUCAUGGAAAUCUUCAGACAUGGGAGCAUCACACGGAAAGGCGGAAGGAUUCGGUCAUUCUCGAUGUAACCCUCCAUCUUACCUUGGGUUUCUUCGUCCCGCUCCUCGGCUGUCAUUCAGUCUCUCGUAGGGCUGACUCUCGGCUUUAGGCUAGCACUGUGACGACCACACGAAUCCCGAGGGAGAAGGACUUGGGCACCAUUGCAGGGAAAAAGGUGCCAUGCAGAGAGUGAUCAUUUACCUUGGAAAUCCUGCGGCAGGCCGGGGAAAACACUCGAUCUCACGUCAUCUGAUCGGGGACCUUGAACUGAGUUGCCAACCUGGCUUUAUUAUGCAAGUUGCAAAAGAUGCUGGUUUGCUGUUGGGGAGCAAGGUCGACCGCAACGUUAGCGCAUGCGCUCAAAAACCUGGUGAUUUUCGGCGUCUAUUAUGUGUUUUAUCACCCAUGAGAUGUCUCGGGCUUCUCUGGUAGGUAAGCUGUUUAUUUCCUGGUCGUUUAGACCUGUGCCGCCGCAGACCGAAAGUCCCAACCAACAGUGGCCCGCCGGAAACCCACCAACCAUCUUUUGUGGAUGACAGGCGGCCGGGACACAAACGAAACCAGCUGACAAACAUGAUACGGGAAGGAAGGAAACACAAGAUACGGUACUUGAUCGGACGGGAUGGGGGCUGGUUAGAUCGGAUUGUCGCUUGGGUUUAGGUCUGCGGCAUCGAGUUGUGGCCGGUUGGUGCCGCAGCCACUCAUGUCGUGAUGAUGGUUUGAGUGUCUGGAGAUAGGAUUAUGGGGGCCAAAAUGGUCCUAUAGUACCCCAAGUCAUGUACAUGCCGACAUUCUCUUAAUCAAGCACCGAGGUGAUCACCGAUAUGACAACCGCACACCCCAGUAAAUUCACCGGAGGAUCUGAUAAGACCAGGGAAGUCCUCUGCGCCACUCUACUCAACUCAUGUCAUGCCACGACAUUGCCUCUCAGCUUCACAUAUUUCAAGACCCAACAGAUGGCUUUUUGGUCAGAAUCCCGUAUAUCACCUUCUGGACAGAGACGUUAUGCCAGCCAGAAUCCUUCAUGAUGAAUCAUGUAAGCUCGGAGUAAGUCAGGCAUGUGAAAAACUGACAUGAUCAGCAGGAUCCAACUUCCCGCCGCCACUGCC